AUGGCACCGGGUGCGCAGGAGACGCGCUGGGCGACACGGAGCGGAUUAGUACUGGUGCUGCUGUACGCCUUACUGUGCCUGGUCGCGGUGCGCGCCUGCCCGCACAAGUGCAGCUGCUCGGGAUCACACGUGGAAUGCCAGAACCAGGGAUUCAAAAGUGUUCCCAGGGGUAUCCCGAGGAACACCGAGCGACUGGACCUGGACAGGAAUAACAUCACCCGGAUCACCAAGGUGGACUUCUCUGGACUUAAAAACCUCCGUGUUCUGCAUUUGGAGUACAAUCAGAUCAGUGUGAUUGAAAGAGGAGCUUUCCAAGACCUUAAACAGCUGGAGAGACUGCGCCUGAACCGGAACCGGCUGCAGGUUCUGCCGGAGCUGCUAUUCCAGUCCACACCCAAGCUGGGCCGCCUAGACCUGAGUGAGAACCAGAUUCAGGCUGUACCUCGCAAGGCUUUCCGCGGGAUCACCAACGUCAAGAACCUGCAACUGGACAGCAACCACAUCAGCUGCAUCGAAGAUGGAGCCUUCCGAGCCCUGCGCGAUCUGGAGAUCCUGUAA